AUGACAGAAUAUAUUGAUGAACGGCAAGCAGUCGAGGAAAAAUACUUCAAGGACAUUACUUGCUGUGGACUGAGAAUCACAAGCUUGUACAAGUUAAUAGAGCAUCACGAACGGUGUCAUGAACAAUUUGAAUUCUGCAGUAAUAAAACAGAGGCUCAGGUUAAUAUGCUACGACAUCACGACGUCUUUUUUUCUGCAGGUAUCUACAUCAAUGAGACACCUUAUAACAAUAAUCAAGAGAUUGUUGCGAUUGAUACCUCACUUCUUACCCAGUCAACCGAUAUGAAUAAUCCACUGUCUAACUGUGGAUCAGAUCCAGAAAGACGACGACGGUAUGUCUGCACAGAGCCAUUAUGUAAUAAGGUAUACAAGAACAUCAAUGGUCUAAGGUAUCACCAAACACAUGGUCAUCAUAAGCAUUUACCCAUAUCCCAACUCCAUGUCUGUAAGCUCUGUGGAAAAACCUACAAAGCGUCUAAUGGACUUCGGUAUCAUAUGCGAAGUAUGCAUACCAUUCUUUUAUAUGACAAAUGA